AUGGACGAGUUUAGGCUUCAUGCUUAUGAGAGCGUUGAUGCUGCAGCCAUUAAGCCUCGUCAUUUCCAUGAAGGACAACUGGUCCUUUUAUAUAAUUCUCGGCUCAAAUUGUUUCCGGGCAAGCUUAAGUCAAGGUGGUGGGGUCCUUAUGUGGUGCACAAGGUGUACCCCUAUGGUGCUGUGGACAUUCGAGAUCAGAAGAGUGAUUCUAUUUGGAAGGUGAAUGGCCAACGCUUGAAGGCCUAUGUUGGAGUUGAGAGUGGCAUGGAGGCAAGAGAACUGGCUACACUAGUGGAUCCCAAAGUGUAG